UGGAGGGGUGGGGGUGCUGCUAUUCUCACGUUCCCGGCUCCCACGUGGAGGUGGGGAAGGCGAUGGAGCGGUCGUACUCGUCCCUCGCAAUCGUUCCGGGGCAGUUCGACGACGCCGAAGCCGACGACGCCGUCAACGGUGCCACAGACGAGCGCGAGAAGAGCACAAACGGCGGAAUGCCUGGGACGGAGGGACUACAGAUCGGGCACGAUGUGGAAACAGUGGCGAGAGAAGGGGAGGAGGAAGCACCUGGGGAGGAGGAGGAGGAGGUCGACAGCGAUGAAGAUGACGACGGCUGGGAUUGGGACGAUGCUUCUGAUAAUAUCACCAAGCGCGUUAACAUCUACCGGAGUAACAACCAGCAGUGCAAUCGGCAAACGGCGCCCAAUGCAUUGAAGAUGUGUGCACCACAAGACAAGGCUUUGAGAAAGUUUGAAAAUAAGAUCUCUCUGGAAAAGUUGAACUUUGCCGAUUCUGUGAUAAACAAAGUGACGGAGCGCUGCAGACAGAAGGAUGCUGAAAUGUACCGCGUUAAGGACAAGGCAGACAGGGCGACUGUGGAACAGGUGCUGGAUCCGCGGACACGCAUGAUUCUAUUCAAGUUGCUGAGCCGAGGGGUCAUCACGGCGAUCAAUGGGUGCAUCAGCACCGGCAAGGAGGCGAACGUUUACCACGCAUCGCACGGAGCGAACGAGAACCGGGCCAUUAAGAUCUACAAAACGUCCAUCCUCAUCUUCAAGGACCGCGACAAAUACGUCAGCGGCGAGUUCAGAUUCCGCCACGGAUACUGCAAAGGAAAUCCCCGGAAGAUGGUGAGGACGUGGGCGGAGAAGGAAAUGAGGAACUUAACAAGGUUGCACACGGCAGGAAUCCCGUGUCCAGAACCGGUCAUGCUUCGCAGCCACGUGCUGGUCAUGGGCUUCAUCGGCAAAGGAGACAUGCCGGCGCCACUGCUGAAGAACGUGCAGCUGUCGGAAGGCAAGGCUCGCGAGCUCUACCUGCACCUCAUCCAGCACAUGCGCGCCAUGUACCAGCGGGCGCGCCUGGUGCACGCCGACCUCAGCGAGUUCAACCUCCUAUACCACGAGGGCGAGGUGUACAUAAUCGACGUGUCCCAGUCGGUGGAGCACGACCACCCACACGCUCUCGAGUUCCUCCGGAAGGACUGCAGUAAUGUGAAUGAUUUUUUCAAGAAGAAUCACGUCCCAGUGAUGACGGUGCGCGAGUUGUUCGACUUCAUCACUGACCCCACCAUCAACAGCGACAACAUCGACCAGUACCUGGAUAAGGCUAUGGAGGUAGCAUCUGCACGAACAGGAGACGAUCGCUCCUGCCAAGACGAGGUGGAUGAAGAGGUGUUCAAAAAAGCCUACAUCCCCCGCACACUCACCGACGUGGUGGACUACGAGCGGGACUUUGACCAGAUGAUGCAGGCCAAGGAGGAGGACGCGGCCUUCAGCGUGCAGCACGACAACAUCUUAUAUCAGACCGUUACAGGCUUGAGGAAGGACCUCACAGGAGCACAAACGGUCCCCGCGUUGCUCGAGGAAGACACCGAUUCCAGCUUGAGUAACGGCAGCGACGAUGGCGGCAGCAGCAGCGAUGACAACAACGAAUGCGUCGCUUCAAAUGGCGACGGCCCGGGGUUUGUCCAUCCCAAGGACAGGCCUCAAGAGUCGCCGGCGGAUAAGAAGGAGCGAAAGAAAGAAGUAAAGGAUGCGCAGAGAGAAAAGCGGAAGCAAAAGACUCCCAAGCAUGUCAAGAAACGGAGAGAGAGGCUCGGCAAGAUAAAGAGCAAGUGAUAGAGAUGCCGGCCGAAAGUGACUUACACGCGCGUGCCUCCACGGUUUAAAAAAAAAUCAAGAUUCCGUGGACCGACGACACAAAAAUGCCCAGUGGAUAAUGCAAUGAAAGUAAUGUUCUUUAUUAUGAGCUUCGUGUGUGGUUCAAUGAGAAAAUGCUGGUGGAUUUCGAGUAAUGAGAGGAUCUGCUUGCAGAGGUAGAUCUGUAAACCUAGGGGCUGGGAAGGCAGUCCCAAAGUAUACAACUUUUUAAAAUAGGAGCGUUACAUUCAUUUAAACACAUUCAAUGUAUUUUUUUCGAGCAAGCAUCAACAGAAACACCGAUUUUGACGAUCUGCCACUGGCUGCUUGAAAUCCUAAGAAAUUGCAUAAAAAAACCCGAACCUCUUCUGGUAUUCAUAUUGUAAAUAAAUACUUUGAAGUACAA